UCGUUUUACUCAGCAGCGGUGAAUCGUCGGCGUCGGGGAGACAAUGGGGCGGAGAAAGCUGGAGAUGAAGCGGAUCGAGGACAGGAGCAACCGUCAAGUCACCUUCUCGAAGCGGCGGAACGGCCUCAUCAAGAAAGCCCGCGAGCUCUCCGUCCUCUGCGACGUCGACGUCGCCCUCCUCGUCUUCUCCUCCACCGGCAAGCUCUAUGAGUUCUGCAGCAGCGGCAGCAGUUUGGCAAAUAUCCUGGAGCGUUACCGGAAACAUUUGGAGGAAGCAGAUGCAUCUGAUGCUAUUACUAACCCGAGGAACUGUUCCUUGGGAGAUGCGUGGCAGCGGUCCCACAUGGAAUUGCUGCAGCUAGCUCAGAGUCAUAUGGGAGGGAUGGAUAUUGAGCAGUUGAAUAUGGUUGAUCUCGUGCAAUUAGAGAAGCAACUCGAUGCAGCUAUGACACAAACUAGAUUUAGAAAGAUACAGCUUAUGGAGCAGUCCGCCACGCCUUUCUAUAAACAGGAGCUGAGGCAGGAGAAUAGGCUCCUCGAAGAGCAGGUCAAUUCACUUGCAAGUGGCAGCGGUCGUGGUAGUGUCUCAGGUCAGCAUCAGCCUCAUCAGCUUGCCACCCUCAGGUGGAUGAACAAGCCGUAAUUCAGCCGCCCUCCCUGAUCCUGUGGCAGUAAGUGCCCUAAAUAUAUUAAGUAUGUGGCUAAGUAUCCUCGGAAGCGGAUGCUUAAUACUCUUGUAGUAGUAUUCUGAUGCUCUCACUGUAUACCUAAGCCAAAAAUAAAAUGCACGGAUGCAUCCGAGGUUGUCUUUCGGUAUUGCUAUAUCUGAGUUGCUCGGAUCGCCAAACAUUUGCUGUUCGGUCCAAAUAAAGUUUUCGCACCCUUUCUGCAAGAA